AUGGCUUCUUCAUUGAAACUUGAAAGAAUUUACCAUGUGUUCUUGAGUUUUAGAGGUGAGGACGUCCGAAAUAGCUUUCUCAAUCAUCUCUACACAACUCUUGACCACAAUGGAUUCUACACUUAUGUUGAUAGCAAGGAGCUUAGGAAAGGAGAGCAAAUAGCGCCAACACUUAUGAAGGCAAUCGAGGAAUCGCAUAUUGCAAUCAUCAUUUUCUCCAAGAAUUACGCUUCCUCACGGUGGUGUUUGGAAGAGGUGGCAAAAAUCAUGGACUGCAAGGAAGAAAGAGAUCUCACAGUCUUUCCCUUGUUCUAUAAAGUGGAUCCUGGAGAAGUAAGAACACCUAGAGAGAGGUACAAAAAAGCUAUGGUUGAGCAUGAGUCCAAGUUAGGGAAGGAUUCAAAGGCAUUGAAGAGAUGGGAGAAAGCUCUUUCCGAUGCUAGUAACUUGUCCGGUUGGCAUUUGAAAGAUGGAGAUGAGUCAGAGCUUCUACAAAGAAUUGUGUCAGAAAUCUCCACUCAUCUAAACCAGACACUUUUGCAUGUUGCUACGCAUCCGUUACAUGCUUUAGUAGGAGAAGGCAAGUGGUUUCACAAUGGGAGUAGGAUCAUUAUUACUACAAGAGACAGCCAUUUGCUAACUUAUCUCGGGAUAGAUCAAGAUCAUGUGUAUGAAGUUAGUGAGUUGGAUGACAGUGAUGCUCGUGAGCUAUUUAGUAAGCAUGCUUUUUCGACACACCACAACUUUAAAAUCAGGACAAAUCUAGUGGAUAGUGUUCUAAAUCAUGCUAAAGGCCUUCCUUUAGCACUCGAGGUGCUAGGUUCUUUCUUACGUGGUAGAAGAGAAUAUGAAUGGGAAAGUGCACUGGAUGAUAUUUCUACAGCUCCCAAGAAAGGCAUCAAUGAUGUGCUUAAAAUAAGUUACGAUGGACUAGAGCCAAAAGUUAAAGAGAUCUUUCUCCACAUUGCUUGCUUCUUUAAGGGGUGGGAUAGUGAGUAUGUAAAGAAAGUUCUUGACAGUUGCGAUCUUAAAGCAGUAAUAGGAUUACAGAUUCUCAUGGAGAGGUCUUUGAUAAGAAUUGAGUCCGGGAACAUACAAAUGCAUGACUUGAUUCAAUUGAUGGGUAUGGAUAUUGUGAUCCAAGAAAGCGAUGAUCUUGGGAGACGCAGUAGACUAUGGCUGUAUGAUGGCAUUGUCGAUGUUUUGUCAAGCAACAUGGGAAAUUGUGUUGUAAAAGCCAUAGUGUUGCAGUCACCUGAGCCGGCAGAGAUAUGUAUUGGUCAGAUGCUUUGA